AUGCAGAAGUCCACACUGUCCAAACUCUCCGUGAUCAGGGUAGCAUCGUCUCAUAACCCGAGUCGGGCAGCUCUAUCCGAGAUUUUCCGCGUCGCCCAGCCUUUCCUGAUGACCUACGUGACUGAAGGCACUAUCACCGCCAUUGGCAUUCUUUUCCCCUGCCUGGCGGUGAUAGCGUUCGCAGUGCGGGUACAAGCUCAGCGCUUCUAUGCUAAGGGCAUUGAGAUCGAUGGGAUUCUUGCCAUUCCUGCUGGUCUUCUGACCAUUGGAGCCGGUAUUGCAGUGACCGUGGGAGCGCAAAUACAUGUUCUUGGAGGGCAUUCACUGACUGCAGAGGCCGAUUCCAAAAUCGCGAAAUUUGAGUAUGCGUUCUGGCCUGUUCACGUCUGGGCUAUGGGCCUGAUCAAAUUGUCCAUUUUGUUCUUCUUCCGUCGCAUCUUCAAAGGACAUACGAAGAGAACACCCUUUGACUACGCCAACUGGACUCUCAUCACUCUGACUGCUCUCUGGACGGUGAUCUUUUUUCUCACGGAAGUCCUCGCGUGCGGCGACGACCCGUCCGCGGCCUGGAGGAGCCUCUCUGCGCUGCGUCAUGAAUGCAUGGAUACGUUCUCCAUGAUGUUGGCCUGUGGAGUGAUCAGUUGGGUCUUGGACGUGGCUAUCCUGGUGGAGCCACUUUUGGUGAUUGGAAAGCUCAAUAUGGGUAGGAAGAGGAAGAUACAAGCAUCCUUCCUUUUCCUUUUCAGUGCCUUUGCCGUCGUCGCAGGGCUAUUGAGGAUGAUCAUCAUGCUUCAAAUCCGCGUGGAAGACACCGUGCACUCUACUACCAGGAUCCUCGGCACUGAUAUGACGACUGUUGACCAAGUUGGCAUCAUCUCGAUCUUGCUCUUUUGGACCUACAUCGAGAUCGGUGUGGGCUUCGUGGUGUCAUGCCUCCCACCCAGCGCUCGCUUCCUCGACAAAUUCUCGGUACAGCCCUUGCUGACGUCUCUCCGAACAAUGCUCUCCUCGCGAAGAAGCCGCCACUCGGACGAGGAGAGACGCGUUCCUUCGGAAAUAUCACAAGAGUCGUGGGAGCGACUCAAGUAUAUGCGAGACGAAUAUCAGAUGACGAACAUAAGUUCUGGUGAGGCGGCGUGA